AGCAGCACAGCGCGUCCAGACUUACAAGAGGAGAGUAGUGCGCCGCAGCUCUCCCCCGCGUUACCUGGACUGCCGUUGUUGUAAAGGUUUUUUAUUUAUUAUAUAUAUUAUUCUGAAGUGCAUUUUUUGGUGUGAAAAAAAAGUGGCAUAAUGAAGGCGGUGGUGAUCUUGGUCUUCGGACUGUGGGCGUUGUGCGAAGCCGGAGGCGGCGGCGGCGGCGGAGGCGGGAAGAAGGAGGGAUUCCAGGAGGACUUCGAGUUCGUCGAGGAUGGCAAAGACCGGACGGGAGCCGUGUCGGGAGAGCGCAAGACAUGGCUUUUGGAUUCCAAUAGGACAAGAUCGUCCCGCUGAAGGACGUGGCGGACGCCGCGGGCGGCGAUGACGACGACCUUCCCAAGUCGUGGGACGCCCUGGACGAGUAUGAGGACGACGACGACAACUAUGACGACGACGACGAGGACGACGAGUACCUCCUGAACGAUGACGACGACGACGACGACAUGGAAGACGACUACGAGUCGUCCCCGCAGAGGGAGACCACGCCCCCUCCUCCUCCUCCCCCUCCCGCUCUUCCGGCGGUAGCUGGCGGUGGUGGCUCCAACCAGCGCCUCAACCGCAGACCCUUCGCUGAGAAGCGGUGUCCCUCGUGUCCAGUAGUGCGCCCCGUGUUCCUCUGCGGCUCGGAUAACAGAACCUACUCGUCCCUCUGCCGCCUGCAUUACCACAACUGCAUUCACGAUGCUUCCGUCCGCAUUGCAUGCAAAGGAUUCUGCCCGUGCAAAGACCCAACUUCCCACAUCACCAAGAAGGAGCGCCAGCGAGAGCGGAUGGGCGCUUACCUCAGCAAGCUAAGAGCGACCAAGGACGCCGCUGCUGCCUCCUCCUCCUCCUCCUCCUCCUCCUCAGGCAGCAGUACACCAGACCCCUCCUCCUCCUCCUCUUCCUCAGCCUCCAGUUCGUCAGCUCCCGCCUCCUCCAACUCCAACUCCGAUAACAGCGAAGACCGCGACAACACGACCCGCGGACGCGUCAAAGAUAACAGCGACAGCAACAACAACAGCGCCACCGGCAGAAGAGAGAAGCACUCCAGAGAAGGCGGGAACAACAACAACAACAAUAACAAUAACAACAAGUACAACAACAGGGUUCGCAGCCGCUUCUCCAAGGUGAAGGGGGGCAAGAACGGGGGCGGCGGGGGCGCCCGGGGGGACAAGAACAGCAGCUACAAGUACAGCUCCAAAUAUUUGAAAGAUGCCUUCAGAAAGACAGACAAGUACAACGCACAGCGCCGACAGUGGCCUUGGCCCAGCGAGGAAUCCAGCCACAAGACCGCCAACACAGUCUGGGGUCCAAAUGAAUGCACUCAGGAUGCUCUAGAAGCUAUGGGCAACCGCAUGUUGGACUGGUUUUCAGUCAUCAUGGCAGACUCGAGAAGCAGAUCUAAUUCAGUCUCAACAGCUCCUCUAUGGUGUAAACCUGAGGUCUCCUGGAUGCUGGGUCACCUGGACAGUGACAACGACGGGCGUCUUAGCGUGAAGGAAUUGUACCAGCUGGAACAUGAUGACCACGAGCGCUGUAUCAAGCCCUUCAUUGAUCGCUGUGAUUUGGAUAGGGACAUCUUCCUAUCAUCACGGGAGUGGUGUAAAUGCUUCGACAAGUCGGAGAGGCCUUGUGCAGCCCUUCGUAAGCAGAGCAAGGGUCUUCUCGGUGGGUACAUCCCAGAGUGUGACAGUGAGGGAUACUAUCAGGCGACCCAGUGCCACGCUGGGGCUGGAGUGUGCUGGUGUGUUGACAGGCAUGGCGUGGAACUCCCCAACACUCGCACUCGAAACACACCAAAUUGCGAUGCAAUAGUCAGCAGCGAGGAGGUGAGUAAUCACGUCGACGACGACGCAGAGGACGGUGACGACUUUUUAGACACUGUCGAGGGGAGUGCAGACAUGCCCUUGGACAUCUAAGAAAACAAGUCGCGUCACUUCUCGAGGCAUCUCUGCAAAACUGCACUACCCAGUCUUCGCUGUCCUGAGGCGCUAGAAAACACAUCAAAGGGGAAUUCGGACGAAAUCAGAUCUUACCUGUUUAAAAGAAAUUAAGUAAUAGUUAUAUAGGAGCAAAUUAACAAUAUGGGGGCUCUUGGUCUUUCAUCUAAAUUCAUCAUAUUGGAUCCAGGGUCAUUGGUAUCAGACAAGAAUUCCCAU